AUCGCACGCACCUCCCGGAUGCGAUUGAUGCGGAAAGAAUUAUAAUGUAUUUGAAUAGGCUCUCGCAUGCGAUUUCCUGAACGCGGAAAGAGUCUGUUUCAGUCGUUAGGAAAUGGAGCGGUGGUGAUUCUUAGUUUGAUAUUAUACCCGGCGCGUUGAUAAUAUUGUGAAGGGCAGAUGGAGUGGAAGUUCGCGGCUAAUGAAUAUACUUAACAGUCAGGUUUAUGCGAUGCUAAUAUCCAUCGGGAGACUAUAACGCAUAUGUCAUCUUUGCAGUCGUCUUCAUAAAAUUUGAGAUGAUUGUGACUUAUAUUUGGUAAAUAUAUUCGGGUCUGCGUGAACCUUCAACUUUGAGCAUAAGCCGUCUGUUUUCUGUACAAGUAUGUAUAAUUCUGGAAGAUGGUAGAGGAGGCUCUCGGGAGUAUUCACGUGCUUCUUCACUUUUCGGGGGUGUCGUGGGAAUCGGCGAGGCACAAGGAAUGUGAAUGUGUGGCGACGUGACGUGUUUCGGUGAUUAAACGUAUAUGGCCUUCGGUGAUUAUUGGUGUGGAACUUGGUGUGGAAGACGGACAGCCAAGUCCUUUGGACAUCUUGCAGGGCUGUUGCCAGUCUGGUAGGCAAAGGGUGUAAAAGACUGGCUGGUUAACCGCAAUAAUUUUGUUUUGGAAGUGACUAUCCCUGACCAGGGAUCUACCGGAGUACCACUGGAUACCGCAUCGUCAACAGCGGAGACGGAAAAGUCAGGAUGCCUCAGCGCCGCUCGUCACCCACGGCGGACAAGAACCGGCUCGACGAGUUUAUCAGGUCGACCCUCUCCAAGAACAGCAUCGUUGACGAGGCCCAGGCCACCAUCAUCCUCCAACAAGAGGCGCCGGCCGAUAUAGCACAGACCGUGGCCAACUACCUGAAGCUGCCUCAUCCCAGCCACGACUGGAUCAAACAGUGGGAGGCCGACUACUUCACCAACGGCGUCAUGGAGCUGAUGGGCACCUCGCCCGUGCUGCCACCUGGCGGCGAGCCGGUGAAGUACACGGCCAGGCAGCUCGGCAUGUCUAUCACGGCAAUGAAGUUCGCCCUGGCCUGCCACAGAGGCGAGUAUGAAGCCGAGUUCGGCGGUCAGACGGGAGGCGUCCGCUACCUGAUGAGGCAGCUGGAGGAGUGGCCGAACCCCAACAAGCCGCUCCUCACGCACCAGCAGCUCUCCAACCUCCGCGAGUACCUCACUAAAAUUUUCAGCCACUCGUUCGUGUCUCAGCUGCUGCUGCGGCCCCGCGUCGAGGCUCCCUAUCGGCUCGAAUGGAAGAUCAACCGACCGCUGACGCUGCGGCUGCCCUCGCCCGAGCCGCCGCCCGACCGCAAGGCCGCCAAGAAGAAGUCCCCAAAGCAGAAGAAGCCGAAGAAGGGUAAGAAGGGCAGCGCGUCGCCGGUGGAGGAGCGCACGCACGAUGCGGCCACGCAGCUGCGUCCGCCGGGCUACCUGCCUCUGAGGAUGGCCGCGCCGCUACCGCUGCUCUACAAACUCUACACCGGGGAGGAGUACGACGAGGAGGCCAUGGCCAAAAAGAAGAAGGGAAAGCGGAAGUAGAUGGAAGAUAUGUGGUCGUGGUGCAGGAAAUGGAGGUCCUGGAAUGAAGUCAUGGAGAUGAUUGUGAUUGUGAUGGAUUUGCAUUUCGUUUGAGUUCCGGAGUUGCGCAGGAGUUUUUGUGGCGCCGCACACAUUUGAUGAAUGAAUGAAUGAUCGAAUUUAA